GGCACAUAUACUACUUCUGCUGGUCAACACUUCACAAACAUACCCGGCUAUUAAGCAAAACAAUGGCACAGGGGCACCCGCGGGUUAAAUAGAUAAGCUUUGCAUUGUCAUGUACCCCACAAGUUCGCGUAAUCAUGAUGGCCGUUGCGAUGGAUGACGUACCCUUGUACAUCCGUCUGUUCCUCAAACUACAUAUAUCCAUUAUCCCGCUGUGGGAACGGCUGGACUUUUUUCUUUAUCCUGUAACACACAAAAAUCUUUCAUUGUCACUGCAUACACGGUAGCUCAUUCCUACAUCAUGGUCUUCUCUCCUCGUCUUGCAGUCUCUGCCAGACUGGCAUCGCGUGCAUUCACUUCCGUCCGACCUGUAGUCCCUCUUACUGCUGCAAGAUGCCUCCACUCAACUCCCAUCACCAUGGGGGAACAUCCUGUUGCUACUCUAAACGAGGAGCUUAUCCCUCGCCUUCCUCCGUCAUCCCCAACUCUCUUUGAAGCGAAGAAGAAAAAGAACCUUACUUUUGAAGCUAUUGCAAAGCACGUAGGGCGUGACGAAGUUGCAAUCGCUGCUCUCUUCUACGGUCAGGCCAUGGCUUCACCCGAAGAUGUCCAGAAACUCUCCGAAGUCCUCGAGAUUGACCCAGGAAAGCUCGAAUCCCAGCUGGGUGGUUUUCCCAACCGAGGCAACACCCUCGAUAUGCCUCCCAAGGACCCUACCAUUUACCGUCUUUAUGAGAUUGUGCAAAACUAUGGUCAGGCUUACAAAGCUGUCAUGCAUGAGAAGUUUGGCGAUGGCAUCAUGAGCGCCAUCUCUUUCAGCACAAAGGUGGAGAAGGAAACUGAUGACAAGGGCGAGUGGGCCAAGAUCACCCUGAGGGGCAAGUGGCUACCAUACUCGCGAUUCUAAAUCAUUCACGAUACCAGUCCAAUUCAAUUUUUUGCAUUCAUGAUGAUAUGAGCACUUAAGGACUCAGAGGGUGUUGUCAUUCACGCGACGCAGUCAAAGCAAAACCAUAUCUCUUUAUAGUCUAUAAAUCAUUUUCUUACGUCGGUUGUAUUGCACGCGUGAGAGGGGUUUGUUGUGGUUCUAGAGCGCACUUUUCUCAGCACCUACCAAACUUCACCGUUCCUGCCUCUCGUAUCUCUCACCUUUGAUCAGUCACCGCUUAUUCCUGCUAUACUAGCAAUGCCCCACUCACCUCUUAGCUUCAAUCUUCUUCCACAUACUUCUAUCCUAUAGGCUGCCAAGGUAGAUUUGUUUGCCCUUCUUUGUUCAAUUCACUUGAUACCCUACCUUACU